UAAGCUCACUAAAACAAAUUAAAAAACUGAAAUUAAACCAAUCGAUAAUCAAAAUCAAAAAUCGUUAAUCAAAAUCGAAGUAACUUCAAUUUUAGUCAAAGCAAAUAAAUCGAAAGUGUUAAGACUUCAAAACAUUCCUUAGUGAAAAUUUACAACAAAAGCACUGCAAAACAAAUUGAAUAAUUGCGAACACUUUCAAUCACAAUUAAAUCAAAAGAAAGCAUUUAAUUGAGUUACUAUCGAAUUGCCAUCUGCAAAAUGACGAAAGCUACAGCAAACGAAAUCAAAAACAAAAACGUUCAAAAAGCGUUCGAAAUGCGCACAGAACAAAGAAGUGAGUUGAAAAAUUACUGGACACCCUCCCGGUGUGCCAAGAUUUCAAUAGAUCUAUGUGCAGUCGGUUAAAUUGUAGAUUCGUUCAUUUAACUGAAGAUGACAAGGUUGAAGUAUGUGAUCAACGUGUGGCUGUGUGUCGCGAUCAUGCCAACGGCCAAUGCAGACGUAAGCAAUGUAAAUAUUAUCAUAUACCGAUCGUGUUGCCGCCGGCGAAUGUUAUGGCUGCUAUCAUUAAUACGAACAAUAACAACAAUAACAGCAUGCAUAGCAACAGCAGCAGCAGCAUUAGCAGCAAUGCAAGCAGUCAUGGCAGCAGUAACAACAACAGCAACAACAACCACAACCAGAACAAUCAAUUGCAUACAAUCUCACAGCAGCAGCAACAGCAACAACAAAAGCAAGUACAUGAACAGUAUCAGCAGCAUGCCAAGUCAGCAGCAGCAGCGACAGCGACAGCAACGGCUGGCAUUGCCACCAACUACAAUAAUAAUUUGAUAAUAAUCGAACCGCAGCAACAUCAUCUUCACCAGCAACAACAACAACAACACUACAAUUAUCUACACAACAACAAUUACACGACCACACACUACAGCCCGAGUAAUAGCAGCAGCAGCAGCAGCUCCGCAAACAACAACAAUAACAAGCACGUCACGCAUACGAUCUACCAACAACAACCAGCCACUUUCCAUCUACCACACUUCACCUGCCAUUCGCCCUACUCACCAUCCUCAGCAUCGUCAUCGUCAUCCUGCUCCAUUGCCACCUCCCCGACAGCGCUCACCUCGGCGACCGCAACGCUGCCGACCACUUCCACGGUGACCGUGCCCACUGCUAUUGCCACCAUGCCAGCAGCACAGCCACCACCACCACCACAUGCCACUGCCUAUCUGAAGGCGGCGCCGUCACAUCUCACCGCCUACGCCAGCAGCGGCGCUUAUGAAUUGACCACAGGCGCGCCCACAUUGUUGCUCAGCAGCGAUUACAAUUCAAAUUGCAUUCCGAUUUUGGCAGCGCAUCAACAACAACAACAACCGCAAUCACCGUUGGCCACAGCAGCAUCGUAUAUUUAUCCGGCGCAUCAUCAGCAGCAUAGCGCCGCCGCAGCGCAACAACAUUUAAUGAAAUACGCCGCAGCCGCCGCGGCACAGGCGGCACAACAUCAAUUUCAUUAUGCCGCCGCGCCACAAAUACUCACCGCGGCGGCGCCGCAACAUAUGCUAGCGACAACGGUGACAUCGGCCGCUACCGCGCCGCAUACGCAUGUGUUGAGUGGCGUGGCAACAACAACAACGCCGCUCGUGGUGGCCACAACAACGGCGACUGGCGCGGCGGUAAGCGCGCCGGUGGUGGGCGGUUGCAUAUGAAAUGCGCAAUCUGGCAGUAGCAGCAACUGUGCGUACCAGCAGCGGCAGCAGCAACAACCAGUAGCACUACAAUAUCAGUGGCAACAUCAACAACAGCAAUACAUUUACAUGGGCAAUAAUGGCGGCGUUUAAGCGCGCGACACUUUGCACUCAACGCGCUGCGCCUGUAUCGACACGCGCGCGGUACUAUAUAAGCAAGCGCGGCGCGGCAUAGCACACACGUUGUGCGCGGCGUAAGUUGUCAACAACAUUUCCAAUUCACACUCGAAUAUUUUUAGCAAUAAGCACCACAUAUUCGCAUACCUAGUUAUAAUAUGUUUAUGCAUGUCUGAGAGACAGCUGAAAUUGGUUGUCAGCCGCGCCGCUAUGUAGAUGUUAGUGAGCGGCUGUGUUUUUGUUAAUUCAAUUUUGCUUUAUUUCUAAUUAGUUUUUACGCACUCAAUUUGUUAAAUAUUUAAUGUUUACUGUUUUAUUUUGUUAUUUAAAAAUAUUAAAAAAUAUUCUCAUUGUAACUUGUUUGUAUAGACUUAUAAGUAUCAAUUAGCAAUUAACGAUUACCGAUUGUCUAUUACCCAUCACCAAGUAAUUUAUGUAGUAUAUACUUGUAUGUAUAUAAUCUAUUAUAUAAUUUUGUGUGUUGCAAGUUAAAACAAAACUGAUCAUAAAUAAGAUACACGAAAUACUCAUUACCAGCAAUA